AGUUGGUACAUUAAUUCGGCUGGGUCAGUCCAUCUGUGACGACAGAAUAUUCGAAAUUAUUUCUUCAAAAAGUUUAAGAAGACAACUAAGCUAACUUUGCCAGAUGCAACAGUGCAACACACAAGUCCUUGAUUUCCUUGUCAAUUGACUCUAUAGUCUAUGAUCAGUAAAAAAAAAACUAAAUUCGACAAUGGCAGACGCAAAGCAAGGUAAAUCACCGAUUGAAGAUUUUUAUAAUGGGUCCUCCCAAUCAAGAGUGGUUCUGGCAAAGCCAAGACUUGGUGGGUUUGGUUCAUCCAGUUUUGCAUCAAGUUCUAAUAAAGGAUGUACUCCAUUUGGUUCCAUUCUACGCCCGUCUCAGCUGAAACCUGGUAACAACCCAUUUCUGAAAGCGGCUGAUGCUACUGAAACUUCAGAUGCUACAAAAGAAAAAGAAGAAACACCAAGUGAAGACAGGCUUAAGGAAAACAAACAGGAAGCUGAUGUUCCUAAGUUUGUUCCGUUAGGAUCUGCUAAUGUCACUCCACGGACAACUAACCCAGUACCAACAACACAACCAGCCCCAAGCUCUUCGGGAUUUGUGUUUGGUCAGAAUUUGAGUGAAAGAGUGGUGAUCCAAGAGAGUGUAAAUAACGGAGAGGCUUCAUCUGCGGAGCACAGUUCAGCAAAUGGAACUUCAGAGUUAUUGUUCACCAGUGCUGCUGCAUCUGUCAAAGAUAACCAGGAGGACAGUACGAGUGAAGCGUCAGGCGUUGGCGACGGCUUGGCGGCCGCAGCGGCUGAAUACGAGCGCUCUCAUGCACGGCCGCCUCCUCCCACCACCAACUUUACAAUUACUGGUGAAGAAGGCGAGAUAAAUGUUCUACAGAUAUCCUGUCGCCUAUUCGCGUGGGAGACGGGUAGCUGGCGCGAGCGCGGGCGCGGCGUGCUGCGGCUGAACGAUCCGGCGGGCGGCGCGGCGGCGGGGGCCGGGGCCGGGGCCGGGGCCGGGGCGGGGGCGGCCCGCCUGGUGGCGCGCGUGUCGGGGUCGCUGCGCGUGGUGCUCAACACCAAGCUGUGGCCCGACAUGGUGGUGGAGCGCGCCGGCACCAAGUCCCUCAGGAUCACCGCCGCUGAUGCGCAACAGCAGAUCAAACUGUUCCUCAUUAUGGGUGCCCCAGGUGAUAUAGUACAUCUGUACAGAGCUCUUACGGCUCGUAUAUCGGUAAGUAAACGUUUGGCUAUCACAAGCUCGUUAGCUACGGGCUCACAGAAUGCUACCUCUCAAAAAGCCGCAGAAAGGCUAGAGGCAGCUGCUGACGAAAAUGAUUAUCUUGAGAAGCCAGAUGACGAGGGCGGAUACGACGAUAAACCAGAGGAUGACGUCAUCACCCUUGACGAGGAAGUUCCAGAGAAUGAAUUGGCACAUAAUGAAAGAUUAGAAGAUGAUCAUAAACAAAAGACUGAAGAGCAUGAGUCCAAUGUCGAUGGAAUGAAAGAAGACAAAGAAAGCAAGUCACUGAAGCGGAAAGAGCCCACAGACGCGGACACGUCUCCUAAAAGACAGUGCCCCGAGAUAGUAAUAGAGUGAUAAAACUUAUAAUUAUAAAGAUAACGACGCGUUGUAUAAACUUUGUGAUGUAAAUGUGGACAUGGUUCAUUUGUUCGACAUCUGCUGAAAGCUCUGGGUUCAAAUAGAAAUCUUAUGUAAAUGUAACUAAUAGAUAAUGUGUAGAAAUAUUUAUGAUUAAAUUAAUAUAGCAUUUUACAACAUUAUUGAUUAUUAUUAAUGGAGGUUCCAUUUCUAAUAAUAAUAGCGACCGCACACGCAUUUGAGUAAAAAUUUGAGUACAAAGUAAAGUGGCCGUAGUAUUAAAUUAUGCUAUGUAACGGCUCAAAAUUUCUGUUAUCACAUUCCAAUCGUUGCAUGUGACGCAAAUGAUUUAGCACGUUCGGCCAGAGCUGAAUACCAAAUACAAUAAUACUGAUGUGGUUUAUUUUCUGAUAGAUUUUUAAAUAAACUAUUUCGCAAUAGAA